AACGAAUACACAUCUUCAAGUCCAAGGCUUUCAUCAUCGAAUACGGCAGUGUUUUGCGUCGAAUGAUGUGUGGCAAGCAUACGCGACUGGCGGGACAGCACUGUCACGCAAUUUCUUCUUGUUGAGAAAAACACGGGAAGAACUUUAGGUUCCACCACGAUGGAUGAAGCGAUCUUGGCUCGACAACUGCAACAUCUAGAUAAUGCGUCGGAUCUUCUCCUGGCCUCAGCGCCAGUAAUCGCUGCUCAUCUACGUACGCAAUGGUCUUCGCGAGCAGAAGCAGUAGAUGCGAAUGCUUUACCGAUGAUUCGGCAUGGACUCUGCCCAACAUGUGGCCAUUUCAUACGAAGCAAAUUACGAUGUCAAGUCCCUUCGUCAAGAAAGAAGAACGCGUCCGAUUUGCAUCGCACACGACAAGACCGCCUCGCUGGUAGAAGUGUCCCCACGGGAACAAUCCUCGAAUGCUUGAAAUGCAAAUCUGCGAUGCCAGCUCCAGUCCGUGGCCAACAGACACGACGCAAGGACAUUUCGCUGAACGUGUCUGUUGCGAAUAAUCCCAAACUCGCACCAGAAGUGAAAAGAUCAACGUCGAGGUCGGUCAAAGGCCUCGAAGCUGCUGCUAUCCCCGUCAGCGACACCCUGGACAAGCCCGCAAGCACUCCAGCGAAGAAACGAUCCCGCGACAAGAAAUCAAGCCUACGGGCGCUUUUGGCAGAUCGAAAUCGAACCGAAGCAGCUCGACCGAAGGGCUUUGGACUCAGCCUCACAGAUUUCACGAAGUAGCAUUGUCACAACUUCAGGCACCUGUACGCAUGCCCGCUGACAAAGUCGCCGCGGAUCGCAGCGACCGACCUGGGUUUCUUCAUUCGAGAUACGCGCCUCUGUACAAUAUUAGAGGAUCAGUUGUGCCCGUCGAGCAGCGGACGAGCCCGGCAAAUAGUAGUUGAUCGAUGGGCAAUAGCGCGAAGGUCUGACUCGGAUAAUUUAGUUGAACCGGGACCAUUACAAUGUACGUGUAUAAUAGAAAUGGGCACUAGAUAUGUUAUCACUUCCCAGGAGAGCACAUUUCCCAGGCUCCACGCGCCCGCGGCAAAAAGAUGUAUUGAUAAAUUAUCAGUCAAGAUCAGCAUCUGAUUGAUUCCGCAGCUUGAAGG